GCCGUAUUCCAAGUAGCGCAGCGAGUCCCCACGUGAAUACGGGAAAGUUUCACGCCUGGGUGCUUCUUUUUAAGAAGUUUUAGCUCCGUUAAGUGCUGCGGCAGUAACACUGACCCUGUACGGAAGGCGGGACCGGCAGGAUGCUGUAUCUGAUCGGUCUGGGGCUCGGAGACGCCACAGACAUUACAGUGAAGGGUUUACAGGCGGUGAAGAGCUGCUCCAGAGUUUACCUGGAGGCCUACACAUCCAUUCUCACCGUGGGCAAAGAGGCGCUGGAGGAGUACUAUGGGAAGCAGCUGAUCCUGGCAGACAGAGAUCUAGUUGAACAAGGAGCUGAUCAAAUCCUGGAGGAUGCAGAUGUCACUGAUGUGGCAUUUCUGGUGGUGGGCGACCCAUUUGGAGCCACCACACACAGUGACCUAGUGCUGAGAGCAGUGAAUGCUGGGAUACCAUACAAAGUCAUUCACAAUGCCUCCGUCAUGAAUGCAGUGGGCUGCUGUGGUUUGCAGUUGUAUAAUUUUGGAGAAACGGUGUCUGUAGUGUUUUGGACAGAGACGUGGAGACCAGAGAGCUUCUACGACAAAAUUUGUAAAAACCGAACAGCUGGACUGCACACACUCUGUCUGCUGGAUAUUAAAGUCAAAGAGCAGAGCAUCGAGAACAUGAUGAGAGGGAAGAAGAUCUAUGAGCCUCCUCGCUUCAUGACAGUCAGCCAGGCUGCAGAUCAGCUAAUACAGGUCAUCCAAAGGAGGAGGGAGGAGGGCGAGGAGUUGGGCAUGACGGAGGACACUGUGUGCGUUGGCGUGGCCCGACUUGGCUCUGAUGAACAAAAGAUCCGUGUAGGAACAUUAAAUCAGCUGGUGUCAUGUGACCUCGGUGCUCCACUCCAUUCGCUGGUCAUCACCGGUCGACUCCACCCGUUGGAGGUGGACAUGCUGCGAGUAAAUGCAGAACCAAACGCACUGGAAAACCUGCACAUGAUUGACAGCUCAACCUACACCUCUUGACACACUUGUUCACCUGCUUGUCUACAACUACCAUUAGUGACACACUAUAAUCCCAGGCCCCAAAUGGUAAAUUAAACUGCACCGUGAGGCAGACCUUGAGCCUUUCCAAUUAACGUUGUUGUUGUUGUUGUUGUUGUGUGAUGUUUUAGACUGAAUUGGAAAUUUUGGGGAAGUUGAAGACAUGUCAUCACCGUGACCUUCCCAUGCUCAUUUCUUUUUCAAGGUUCCAAGUUUCAUAGAUUUAACUUUUCUUAAUUGCCCUUCAUAAAAACAGCUAUACAAGGCUGAGUCAUUAGUCAGGAUUCAGUGGCAUUAAUAUUAAGCAUUUCCCUAAUUCCCAAACUCUGAAUCUUUUUGGGGCCAAAAAUGUUCCCUCACAAAGAAGUCACAAACACAGAUGCAGA